ACGACGUAGAUUGAGGUUGAAGGGGGAUCGAAGGGUUUUAAAUAUGGGGAAGAGGGAGAAUAAGGCCGGCGAAUUGGGAGAUGAGAGCGAGGGAGGAGACGAGAAAACGUUCGAGGAAGGAGUUUGGGAUACCCACCCACGUCUACGUCGUCGUCAGGUGACGGAGUAUAUUCUUCCUCCGGCUGCGUCCUUAUCCGCCCACCGCAGAAGAGAAGGAAACAAAGGUUUGGGUUCGAUCGACCGACCACGCCGUCCGAGGUGGUUGAUUGCUGCUGCGGCGACCACGCCCAAGAGGAUCUCACCCGCGUCGUCCAAGCGCGGCCAUUAUGUCGGAUCCGGCGCCGGCCUUGGCUUGGAAGCCCUCAUGGGCAUUGCUUGCUCGCCAGAUGUGCAACAGAAGUGGACUGAGGACAGGAAAUAUGACCCACGUCUUGAAGAUGUAAGAGAGAACUGAGACACGGUCAAACCUACUCCAUCUGUGGAUCACUGUUGCUGAUAUUUUUGCCAGCUGUGCGAGGUGGUACUGUUGCUACUGGGAUUGUAGAUUAUGUCUGUUUUGGGCCCUUUGCAACAGGAAGAACCUACUUGAGGAAGAGUGAUUUGGUUGUGGUGAAUCUGGACUAUCCAAUUGAACUGGUUGAUUCUAUCAUCUGAAUUCAGUGGGAUGUCAAGUGUCAAUUAGUGUAUGCUUAUAGAAUUCUACUUUUCUAUACUGCUUUCUGGUUUCUUGGACCUGCAGAAGCAUUACUUUAGUGUGAGCUGCUGCUCCCAAAUUGUAUAUAUGUUUUUUUCACUCAAAAAAAAAAAAUUGUUGUGGGCAUAUCAGAUUUUAUGAUUAUUUGAGCAAUGCGCCCUUGCUUUUCUUUCUA